CACGUCGUGGAUCGCGCGUUGCGUCGCGUCGACGCGCGGCUGAUAUUGGCGGUGGCCGUCAUCGCGUAGCGCGCGCCGAUCGAUAAUCGCGAUCGAUAACAGGAUUCUCGUAUUCGCGCGUGUGUUUGUGCUGUGUGGGUGUAUUGUAUAUAAAUAUAUAUUUAUCAUUUCAAAUACGUGGCGCGUAUCUUUGGAACGUGUCUCUGUGUGCGCGCGCGCGCGCGUGGAGAAAAAACUCUUGUUAUGCGACCGCGAAACGAAGAAGCCGCGUCAUAACCUAAAGCAACGACGGAGCGACCGGGAAGAAAGAGGGAUCGCGGAACGCUGAGAAGAGGAAGGAGAAGGAAAAAGAGGAAGCAAGAAUUCAAGAUAGAGGGAGAUAAUCACCGCGACGGACAAGGACACGACGAGCGCUCGACGGCCGCUCGCUCGUCGUCGGUCGUCGCGGCAGAGUCGCCGCGCGUGAGGCCUCGGCACGCACCAUCAGCAGCGGUCGCGGGGUCGCAGGACGACGAGCACGACGGCGCGACAACUUCCGACGACGACGGCGACGACGGCGACGACGAUAUGGAGGAGAGUCAGCUGUUGAUGACCGAACUACCCGCGCCAUCGAUACCACGAAGCGUUUGCGGCGGCACAACGCUGCUCCAUCGUCCGGGUCAUUACUAUCAUCUGCACCAGCCGCACCUGGCGAUACCGACGCCGCAGAGCCAGGCGCAACUCCUCCAGCAACACAAUUCCGGCGGCACGGCGCCGCAUUACGGAACGGACGGCAACGGCGCCGGCACGACUCCAGCGGCCGCUGCCGCCGCCGGUCUGCCGGCUGCCUACGCGAUCGGCCAGGGCGGCGGCAUCUCGUCGCGACUGCAUCAGCUGCAUCCGCAUCACCAUCAGGCGCGUCAGCGUGGCGGUGCUACAACGGCGCACGGCCAACCGGCCGCUAGCACCCACGUGUCCUGCCUCUACCCGGAGAUACUCGCACUCAUCUUCAGCUACCUGGACGUGCGCGACAAAGGACGCGCCGCGCAAGUGUGCACCGCGUGGCGAGAUGCCGCCUACUAUCGCUCGGUCUGGCGAGGAGUAGAGGCGCGGCUGCAUCUGCGAAAACAGGCACCGGCGUUGUUCGCCAGCCUGGUGCGACGUGGCGUGAAGAGGGUGCAGGUGCUAUCGCUGCGACGCGGUCUCAGCGACGUGCUCAGAGGAGUACCGAAUCUCGAGGCGCUCAAUCUGUCCGGCUGUUACAACAUCACCGAUGCCGGUCUGACGAACGCUUUCAGUCAGGAUUACCCGUCGCUCACCGAGCUCAAUCUGUCGCUCUGCAAGCAGGUGACGGACACGUCGCUCAGCCGGAUAGCGCAGUUCUUGAAGAACCUCGAGCACCUCGAAUUGGGCGGCUGCUGCAAUAUCUCCAACACCGGUCUGCUGCUGAUCGCGUGGGGCCUGAAGAAGCUCAAGCGGCUGGAUCUGCGUAGCUGCUGGCACGUGUCCGACGUGGGCAUUGCUCAUCUAGCCGGUCUCAACAGCGAGACCGCGAACGGCAACCUCGCUCUCGAACAUCUCAGUCUGCAAGACUGUCAGAGAUUGAGCGACGAGGCGCUCAAACAUGUAUCAAUCGGCCUCACCACCCUCAAGUCUAUCAAUCUGUCAUUCUGCGUGUGCAUCACCGAUUCCGGCGUCAAGCAUUUGGCACGAAUGCCAAGUCUGCGCGAGCUCAAUCUGCGCUCUUGUGACAACAUCUCCGACAUCGGGAUGGCGUACCUGGCCGAGGGUGGUAGCCGCAUCACUUCACUCGACGUGUCAUUCUGCGACAAGAUCGGCGACCAGGCGCUCGUACACAUCUCCCAGGGACUGUUUAACCUCAAGUCCCUGUCGCUAUCCGCCUGCCAGAUAAGCGACGAGGGCAUCUGCAAGAUCGCCAAGACUCUGCACGACCUGGAGACCCUCAACAUCGGCCAGUGCUACCGACUCACCGAUCGCGGUCUCUACUUCAUCGCCGAGAGCAUGAGGAACCUCAAGUGCAUCGAUCUGUACGGCUGCACAAGGAUCACCACCAGCGGCCUCGAGCGGAUCAUGAAGCUACCGCAGCUCGCCACGUUGAAUCUUGGCCUGUGGCACGUGCGGUGAUGGCUUUUUCCGUGGCAGCGUGUCCGGGACGCCGAACCGUUACCAAGACGUCACCGUUACCAGCGACAACGUUACGACGACGACGACGACGAUGACGAUGACGAUGACGAUGACGACGACGACAUCGAC